AUGGUUUCACUCUCACCUAUACCAGCGGAUUUCCAAGAAAAUGAUGAGGAAUUUGAAGAUAUAUGUGUGAUGUAUAGGAUCAUAGAUUCAGUGACCGAAGAAGUCUCAGAGGAUAAGUUGAUCAAGCUUAUAAAAGAUGCUUAUGUGCAAUUACUGAGGAAACUCACUAGAGGGAGGGUUGGGGAUGUAAAGGAAAUAGAAGAAGAUCUUAACAGGAUACCAGUUUUUGGUGGAACUAUGACAUGUUGGGUUAUGACUAUGCCAUUUGGAGCCUUUUACUUUGUUCAACGUCUUGGUUCAGUGCAAAUUCCUAUGAAUUGA